GGUGGGGUAGGGGUGGGGGCACGUGCUGGGCGCGGACACAUGAUCCGAGGGACCCGGCUGAGCAGAGCUAAGAGGCCGGCAGACCGUGCACACUUCUGCUCCCUACUUGUAGGCCCCCCCAGCCAGAGGGCCCCUCAUCUCUGAACAUGUGGGAGGAAAUGCCUUUUUCCAGCCGCAGGAUGGGCAGCGGCAGAAGGAAGGUCAUCUGGGCUCUGUGCUUCCUGCUGCUUCUCCUGGAAGCCAGUUCUGCCAAGAAUCUCUGGAAACGGGCAUUGCAUCCCAGGCUGGCCGAGAAGCCCCGCGCCGAGGAGGCGGCGGGUCCCUGGCAACCCCGCGCCGACCGCUGCCCCCCGCCGCCGCGUUCGCUGCCCCCCGGCGCCUGCCAGGCUGCGCGAUGCCAGGCGGACUCCGAGUGCCCGCGGCACCGGCGCUGCUGCUACAACGGCUGUGCCUACGCCUGCCUGGAGGCCGUGCCGCCCCCUCCAGUUUUAGACUGGCUAGUGCAGCCGAAACCUCGAUGGCUCGGUGGCAACGGCUGGCUUCUGGAUGGCCCUGAGGAGGUGUUGCAAGCCGAGGCCUGCAGCACCACGGAGGACGGGGCGGAGCCUCUCCUCUGCCCCUCAGGCUACGAGUGCCACAUCCUGAGCCCUGGUGAUGUGGCCGAGGGCAUCCCCAACCGCGGGCAGUGUGUCAAGCAGCGCCGGCAGGCAGAUGGGCGAUUCCUCCGACACAAAUUUUACAAAGAAUACCCAGAAGGUGACUCCAAAAAUGUGGCGGAGCCUGGGAAAGGACCCCAGAGGCACUUUCAAUAAGGCAGCAGUGCUGCCAAUUGCAAGAACAUUCCUCCACUUUCUGCUGAGUCUUGGAAACAGUUGGAUAAAACAUGAUCUGACCCCCAGAGGUCAUGCUUAGCUCCACAGAGCAUGACCCCAGAGAUACUUAGAGACAAGACAUGUGGCUCCCAAUGUCAGCAUGACCCGCCUGGCUGGGUGACUUUGUGGGAGCCCCUUGCCAGCACUGGAUCCCUGUUUUAUUAUCCUGAAGAUCCAGCACGUCUGACCUGGCGAUCCCACAGGCCUUGAGGGAAGAGGUCACCAUCUUUGGGAGCUGUAUGAAGCCUCAUUCUAAGACAGAGUUCAGCAUCACAUUUCUUCCAGAUUUGACUCUGGAAGGCACGUAACUAUCCCAAAUGUUCUCAAAAUAAAUCUCUCCUUACAAAAUGGAAAUGAACUUACCUACUCUA